AUGCCAUUGCUCAUCUACGUCGUUCUCCAGUCGAAUCCCGAGCACUUGGUUUCCAAUGUUCAGUAUAUUCUGCGAUUCAGAAAUCAGGAGAAGCUCGGUGGCGAGGCCGGCUACUACCUCUCCUCUCUUAUGGGUGCGGUCCAGUUCAUUGAAAACAUGGACCGAACCUCGCUCACCAUCACCGAUGACGAGUUUGAGAAGAACGUCGAGGCAGCCGUCUCCGCAAUUGCAGAGAAGCACCAAGCAAUGUCUCCAACAGGAUCACGCCCACCACAGCAGAUAUUCAACGAAAAGUCUUCAUAUGCCGAGGCCCGUUCUUCUCUCGACGGCGCAAGCUCGUCUGCCCCACGUCGCUCAUCAGACCAGAAUGAAGUCGACCUCACCGCCCCCAUCACCGGCCUCCUACGGACUAUUCAGAAUCCCCUCACCACUAUCGGUCGCAUGUUCUCAGACGAUGGUGCAUCAUCAGCACCUCGGCCACCGCCACCGCCACCCAUCGGCCGUCCCUUGGGGUUCCCUGAAUCAGUUCCCCUGAGUACAGACGAUCAACGAGACAGCGGUCGGCGCGAUUCAAGAUAUGCUCUCCCCGCAGAGGAAGCAGCGGCUCGACAAGCCAGCGCCGAGGUGGCCGAGGCACAACGGCUGCACCGCGCUGAGCAUGCCAACGUCGUAGAGACGCUGGCCGGCAUGUUCCCGGAUCUGGAUAAGGACAUAAUUAGCGAUGUGGUCUACCAAAAGGAGGGAAGAGUUGGUUUGGCAGUCGAUGCGUGCCUUGCUUUAUCCUCGUAG